AUGCCCGGUGCUAUUUCCUGCGACGCGCCUGCAGAGGGCAUUUGUGGGAUUUAUCAUAUUACGCAUCCGCGCUCGGCGUCGAAUCUGUUCCAGAAGAUGAUGGGUCAACAGCCGGGGUUCCAGUACUCGAGUUAUAAGUUGUUCGGAGCGGGGUUUGGGGCGUUGACGCAGUUGCAGAGGGGGCCGUUGGGGAGUUGGCCGGAGGAGGAUCGAGAGAAGUUGUUUGGGGUGUUUGAGGCGGGGUUUGAGGGGAUGAUAGAGGAGGUUGAGGGGGCGGUGGGGAGUGGUAAAAAGGUGUUUAUGAAAGAACAUGCAGUCUUUCUCUCCGCCGCCGAUAAACUCCUAGGCCGCAUCUACAAAGACGACAAUGUCGCCCCCUUGGUCCUACACGAGCGCGGUGUCGCACCCAGCAAGUCGUCUCACACGAAUCCGACUUCGCUGCCCGAUAGUUUUCUGUUGAAGUUCCAGCCGAUCUUCCAAAUCAGAAAUCCAAUCCUCAUGUUCCCCUCGCUUGUCCGCGCACAAAUGGACGUCAAAGUAGCGGGUCGACCCCGCGACCCCAUCUGUCAAAUCAUGCUCCAGCUGCGCGACUCUCGCACUUUAUACGAUUGGUACGCUGCGCAAACUACACACACAGGAAUCACCCCUCGUGUCAUCGAUGCCGACGACGUCAUGAACGAUGCAGCCUCCAUGCGCAAACUCUGCUUACAAACAGGUCUCGAUCCCGAUGCCAUUGUGUAUGAGUGGGAGGAGCGUGUAGUAGAGGACCCAAUGCAAGCCAGGUUUUUGUCUACACUAGCGAAGAGUAAGGGGGUUGUGAAGGGUUUGGAUGCCAAGGGCAAGAGUGUGGAGGGUGAGAUGGAGAAGUGGGUUGAGGAGUUUGGGAGGGAGGAUGCGGAGGAGUUGGCAAGGUCGGUAGAGAAGGCUAUGGGGGACUAUGAGUAUAUGUACAGUAGGAGGACGGUCGCGGGGGAGACGGAGUAA